CGCACACAGCCGCCGCCAAAGACUAAUUACGAUGCAUAGGUUCAGAAGUGGCUGAUUUGCUACACUGAAGCUAGAGAGAUUGGCCUAUCUGAAUUCGAGGAUACUGAGCGAAUCAUCUACGAGUUCCUUGAGGCAAUUGCCCCACUGUCACCUAGUUUUGUUACUGUUUGGAUGAAUCGCAUCCACGAGCAAAGCGGCGUCUAUUCGUUCGGCGUUUUACCAGAGUUUCCCGCCCUCAUCAAUCUCUAUGCAGAGUCUAUCCGCCUAGCUCCGCCAAUUCACCAGGCUAAAUUUGCUCAUGGGACGACCUUCCAAGGCAGAAAUCCAGAUGGGACAGAAGCUAUUACCAGCGCCAGCGGCGUUAACAGCGGCGCUAGCAGCGGCAAUCCUACCAAUAACAGCAGUGGCAAUCAGACCAAUUUCGAUAGCCACAGCCGACCUACUUGCCCCUUUCAUAGCCAGCCAAACGAUGGCAACCACCGAUUCAACGAUUGCCCAUACGUCAACCCACAGGCUAGGCCACCUAACUGGCAAUCUGAUAAAGCAGCAGAAGACCGUUUCAAAGAGGCCUGCAGGAAUUGGAAGUUCAGAACUGCCUAUAAGCGCGCGAUUUCUAAGCACCAACCAACGACCAAUUCGACUAAUUCGACCAAUCCAACGGCUAAGUCAGAGGAAGAUGAGACUACCAGGGCAGCGUUUGGCACGUACGUCCCUAAGCAGAAGGUCUCAUCUCUUCUUCAGGCUAACCGCGCAUUCAAUUCGUUUCACACUAACCAACCGGCUAAUAAUGUAUGGUGUUUUGACACUGGGUUAACCCUACACAUUUGCAAUAACCUCGACCUAUUGACCGACUAUCAGCCAUCUCCCUCCUCUGUGAGAGUAGGUAAUACAGAGACUGCCAUCUUAGGGUUUGGAAGGAUAAGCUUCCGACCUACCGAUAGCCUAGAUGGGACCAAGAUCAAUCUCAAGGAUGUUGCCUACGCGCCUGGUUUCCAUGUGAAUCUACUCUCUGCUGAGAAAGCUGCUAGUGCAGGCCUAUACCUACGAGGGAGAGAUUGCAUACUAGAGGAAUCGAACGGUAAACCUGUUUGCCGAUUGAAUAAGAAAUCUAGUCUAUACCUCAUCAAAUGGGACCAAUCAACAGUUGAUGGCAUGGCUCCCGAAUCUCCUAUCAACACAGCCAAUCAGGUCUCUAGGAUUCCUACCCUACCUAAUCCUAUCGAAUUAGACCUCAUUGAGGACCCUAGCAAAUUAGCCUUCACAUCUUCCUACGCACCUCGCCACGCGAUAGCCUCGCUAGACCUUUGGCACCAGCGGCUAGGUCAUGUGAAUCACGAGGUCCUAUCCCAUCUAGUUGACCACUCAUCUAAUGUCUCGAUCGAUUUGACCACCCUACCUAGCCAUGUGUGUGAAACCUACAAAGUUUCUAAGGCUAAACAGCAAAUCUCUCGACGACCAAUCGAGUACACUAGGCCUUUCGAAUCUAUCCAUUAG